AAAGACAACAGCCACCCCUGAUAUGAUGGUUGUAAGGGAGGAGGAGCUAACUGGCUAGAUCUAAUGACCCGAAGAUCACCCGACUGACAGGUAGCAACAAUCUCGAGAAGCGCGUUCAGUAAAAGGUUCACCACCAUCACAACCACACAACAGACCAUGAAGGCGUCUUUAAUUUGGUGCGGCCUUUUGGCAUGCAUUUCUCCCCUUGUAUCUGCGACUGCACUCACAUAUAAGCUUAGCGCCAAUGAAAAGGCAUGCUUUUAUUCCAAUGUUGACAAACAAGGUGCCAAAAUAGCUUUCUACUUUGCUGUACGGUGCACCUCACUUCCGAUAUUCGCAUAAACGUCCUCUGACAUAUUAUAUCUUACAGGUUCAAGCUGGAGGCUCUUUCGAUGUGGAUUAUGAGGUCGUGGGUCCAAAUGAGAGAGUUAUCAUGAAGGAAGAAAAGGAGCGACAGGGCGAUUUCGUCUUCACAGCCACGGAGGUGGGAGAAUAUAGAUUUUGCUUCAACAAUCAAAUGAGUACAUUCUCGGAAAAGUUUGUCGACUUUGAAAUUGCUGUAGGUUUUGUCCUUCACGAGUUAUCAACACAGGGCGGUACUGACAUGUCUAUCGCUGUCCCAGGUUGAGAAUGAGCCUCGAGCUUCCAUACCCUCAAAACAAGGCACAACUCCCGAGCAGACUUCGGCGUUGGAGGAGUCUAUCUUCAAACUUUCAGGCCAGCUAUCUACCAUCACGAGAAACCAGAAAUACUUCCGCACAAGAGAAAACAGAAACUUCAGCACAGUGAGGAGUACGGAAAGGAGGAUCUUCAAUUUCAGUGUGAUUGAAAGCUUGAUGAUGAUGUGUAUGGCAGCCUUACAAGUCUUUAUUGUUCGAUUCUUCUUCCAGGUGCGUAUUUCCAGCUUUCAUAUACCUCUAGAUAUUCUAACGAGAGGGAUUAGGGAGCCAGGAAAGGCUACGUGUGAACGAAUUCAGUAUGGGACGGGAUCGAAGAUGAUUGAAAUGUGUCCGAGUCCCGAGCGGGUCUCUGUGUACUAUACACUUAACAAAAUGAUGCCCAACAUGAUCAAAUUCGAGUUAAUUAAAUGUGUUACUCCAUCUCCAUGUUUAUCGC